AUGUUUUUGGGGGAAGAUACCGACAACCUAAUGUCGUGGAGUAGUUCUCUACUGUUUGUGAUUCAAUAUGCGAUUUGGAGAUGCCAUCGACGCCGCCGUGACCCCACUGAGAUUGAAAUAUGCAUGAUCGACACAAGGAAGUUUCCUCGUGGGCAGUUCGUUCGGGACAUGUCGUUACUUCGGGCCUAUCGUGAAGCUCCAGAAGUCGACGAGGAGAUGCGGAGCUUUUUCAAUUUUCGUCUAGGGAGCCCAUAUUUUGACAAUGGAGAGUAUCUGUCACAGGGGGUUUUGCAUCACACUGGGAGGUCUAGUGUGGUAUCUCUAGCACAGCUCAUCCAGGCGGGGUUACAUGAUCUAUAUCCUCAAUUUGCGGAUCCCGCUGCGAUGGAUUCAUGGACAAAACGUGUUGGGUUUCUUCGUUCGGGAUGGUCUAUUGAGCAUACAACAACCCAGCUCGACAUACAAAAAGCGGUUGAGAUAGCCAGAGCAUGCUUCAAAAGUUUCGAUGCGCCCGAUGUAGCAUUGCUGCUAUUAUCAUUCAAAAACCGCAAGCUUCGCGUCCCAGCGACAAAAGCAAUUGCUAAGCGAAGCUUCCCGAAAGUACAAGAGUGUCGAAGGAGCUCCAAUGACUGCGGCCCAGAUGAGGUUCAACGAUACAUGACCAUCGCAGAGACAAUGGUGUCAAAAGACCGAGACGGUUGGGUUGCUUUAAGAUGGCUAACCUCCGACAGUCAGCUUCUUGAAGAAGUUUUUGAAUGCUCAUAG